UCACGCAAAGUGAAGAAAAAGAAGCCGAUAAUAAAGCAGAUUGACUCAAUUAACGUAUUGGACGACUAUAAACACUGCAUAUAAUACUUAUGUUAAUAUUGUAUCUCAUGUCAUGUUUUUGUUGCGAAAAACAAGCAUAUCCUCAGUAAACUUGACUCAUAUAUACACACCAGUUUAAUUGAUGGAAUGUCCCUUACUUCAGCUAGCAUUGUCCCUUACUUCUCCUCGGAACUAACGCGAUAUGUGUAAGGAAUCAAUGUAAUACAAUUACUUACAAAUUUAAGCUAUUGCAAGUUGUUUUCAACAGGAAUUCUCUUGAGACCUGAUAUGCUCAGCGUCCUUUUAUUCUGAUUCAAGAACCAAAGUCCUGGUCUGAAGCCCAAUUGUACUGCAGAGAGAAACACCUCGAUCUGGACACUGUUCAAAGUGAUCAAGACAGAUCUUACAUACAGGAGGAAGCAAACUACAUUCAUUCUGUGGCCUGGGUUGGGCAUAAGCACUUGGCGUUGGUCUUGGAUAAAUGAGGCGAUGAUAAAUGAGGCGAUGAUAAAUGUCUCCUAUAUUUGAACAGAUAAUCAGAUUUCAGUCAUUUACUGUAAAAAAUAUGAAUGAGAUCACCCUGAAAAAUAAAUAAGUGUAUCCAGUUUGUUGUUACGAUAAGGAUUGUUGUGUAGUCUCUAAAGUAUGUACUGUAAGUAUUCUUGAAAAUAUUAUUGUUUAUGUUUCUCCAAUAUUAAAUUAGGAGAAAACAAACUGAGACUGGCUGUGAAAUCAGGUGAUGAUUUGAAUGAAUCUGCAGUGAUGGCAGCUGUAGAGAUUUAGGUGAAUGAGCUAUUUUGCAGUGGACACUGGAUACACUGUGACAUGGAGAGUCAAUUCCGAUGGAAAAGUUUUCCACAAGAUAAAAUUGUCAAACAAGAGAAGACCACAUGUGAAGAAUGACUGUCCACCAUUUUGCUCCUAUCUUGUACUUUAUAAUUGUUUAUUGUUUUAUUGAAAAUUGAAAGAUGUUUAGUCAUGCUCAUACAUGCAUUGGUUUUAUUUUGCAAAAAUUUACCUUAUACUAUAUUUACAGUACAAAAAUUGUGUAAUAAGCAGUGUUGGGUAAGUAACUCAAAAAAUCACAUUACUGAUUAAUUUACUGUUACAUUUUCUUUCUUAAACAUUUUCACAGAAAAGGUUGUGUAUUUACACAUCAAAUUCAAAAUAAUGUUCAAAUUUCCUCGUUCAUUGUCACGCAUGAGUUCUACAAUCAGCACCGCACAUUAACAAUGAUUCAUUAAGGGUGUAAGCCCUUCAACUGUCACAGAAAUGCAAAGAAACCUGCUUACGAAUAUAAUUCAUGUUUUAUUUUUUCCAGUCUCUUUAUUUGUUUUUCCAAGCUAGUGACAUUCGCAUAAACAAAGUGAUGUACAGAUAAGUAAUAACAGAAGGAGCUACAAACCCAUUUACUGGACCUUCCACACACCUGUCUUCAGGUCCCUAUAGCCCACCCACAAAAAAGAAAACAAAAACCCAGCACUCAUACUCGCCGCACACACACACACACACACACACACCAGGAUAGAAGAGACAGAAUAGACAAAUCCAAAAAAAAUUAAAAAUAACAUACAGGAAGGGAAGGAGGGGAUUAGCUCAGGGCUCAGUUAAGACUGGUCAGUUUCUUCAUUGAUAUCUAAUGUGUUGACAUGGGCUAAAAAGGGAUGCCAGAUUUUGCAGAAAGUCUUAAAGGAGCCUCUUAUAGAAUACCUGAUCUUUUCAAGCCUUACAUAUUGCAGUACCUCAACAAUCCAUUUGUUAUGUGUGGGAGGGGAGGAGUGAGUCCAUUAAGAAGAAUGAGCCUCCUAGCGAGGAGUGUGGUAAAUGCAAUCACCUGCUUUGUGGUUUUGGACGUGAUGAGUGUGGGAGAGAUUCCAAAGAGGGUGGACAGGUUUGUCUAGGACUGAGCUAAUUGUACCAAAUACUGCAGACUAGAAAGUGUCGAAAGUAGUCGGCAGGCGAUUGAUUACACCUGUUGCACUUAUCAGUUCUAUCGGGGUAUAUUCUAGCUAAUCUUGCAUUUGUAAGGUUGGCUCUGUGUAGAAUCUUGCACUGUAUAAGGCUGUGUCUUGCACAUAUCGAAGAGAAGUGUACACGGUCUAAUAUCUGCUCCCAUUUCUCAUCUGCUAAAGUGACACCGAGAUCCUGGCUCCAAGUAGUCCUUAGGGCGUCCAAAAUUUGUGUUCCAGAAUGGAAGUCUACUAAUGUUGCAGCCCCAGUAGUAGUGACAAAGGUUUGGCAAAGCUAGUCCUCCCUUAGACCUAGAGAGUUGAAGGACUGUUCUCCUAAUGCGAGCACGCCCUCCUCAUCAUAAGAAAGUGUGUGUUAACUGGCCUAGAGAAGAGAAAAAUGACUUGCUUAUAAGUAUGGGAAUGUUUUGGAAGGCAUAAAGAAACUUGGGCAGUACCACCAUUUUCACCAGGUUGACCCGCCCCAUUAGUGAAAGAGGGAGGGAGGACCAUCUGGUAAAAUCUGAUUUACACCAAUCUAAAAGCAGGCUGAAAUUUUUGGCAAAAAGCUCUUGGGAUGAGUUGGUAUUUCAACAAAACAGAAGUACUAAUGAUUGGACCAAAAACCUCUAAAAAUAAGCCGCAAAAAUAUAAUUUGACUCUCAAUGGAUAUACUGUUACGUUGACUUCUUCGCUUUAGUUAGGUCUGCCGAAACCAGAAACAUCCAUCAUGACCUAUAUAUUGUGUAUAAAAGUCUAUAACUGCAUUAACAUCAUUUAGAUGCCAGAUGUUGAGCACUUAUUGGCUGCUUUUCUUUAUUAGUCAGAUCAUCCAUUAAAAAUAAAUAAAUAUAUACAUUUAAUACAAUUUUAGUUUUGUAAUUAAAUUAAUUAUUAUGUUGGCAGAAUUAUAUUUUUGUCUACAAAACUCUUUUCAAACCUUUAAGCAUAAGCCUUCAGAUCAAAAGAUUUUUAAGAGCAAGAGAAACAUUUCUGUCAAGUGUUUCAAAACUUUUGAACAGCAGUGUAAUUUGUUGUGUUGCAUGUUAUAGCUCGCAGCUAGCUUAUGAAGCAGAACAUUUAUUUUCAUUACACGCAAAUUAGCUUUUUUUUUUAGCUUUAAUUGGAUCUGUAAUUAUCCCAGAGCAACCAAGUACAUUUUCCUAAUAUGAGAUUUAUUUGCCCCUGUCCCUGUAAUGACCUCAACUUCCAUUGUUCCAGCCUGAAACUUACACCAUUGGUUGAGCCAAUGUUCCUGUAUUUUGCUGCCUAACAAUGAGAGCAACGUUUUACAAAAUAGCCAUAGAUUCUUACACCUUUCGAGGGGAAUCAACCAUUGAAUGGCUUACUCAUUGCUGACAAUGCACAUUAAGCGUGGAUGUAGUGAUUUUAAAAUACAAACUAUAAGUCAGUGGUGAAAAAAUGAAUUCUGACAUGCGCAAUUUCAGAUGAGCUCACAUUUCUCCAUGCUUUGCAAUGCCAUUUGACUGAACAGUCUCAUAUUGCAAGCAAAAUCAGAAUGUAAAUCAGUCAUGUAAGACAAAUGGUUUUGCUUAGAAUGUCACACACAGAUGCAAAGAUAGUUAAAGGCAAGUUAAAUAAAAUGUAGAGAGUAAAAACUGAAUAUACUGGUAAGAAACAGACGCUUCGGCAGUCGGAUCCAUUUGACCAUCAGUCCUGUUAAUUUUUUCAGGUAAAUUGAGAAAUUGGAAUUUGUUGUGAUUGCAAUUCAAUAGAGAUGUUGUUUCUGCUUUAAUCUUAAAAGAUUUGAUUGUGCAAAGUAAAGGCACUGGCAAUUUUUCUAAUGAUCAUAUGCACACAAAUACAGUAUAGGCAAAAUUUAAGAUAAGGUAUUUUAAUCUUUUGAAAGCCCAAACUACUAUACAAUUUAAAUUAUGCAAGUAGAGUCAGAUUUGGUAUGGCACUGCAAUCCCUCUCUUUUGUAAUGUAUUAUAUGAUGAGUGUGUUGGCCUUUGCUUUCAUUAAGCAAAUUGGUUGCUUAAUCCACUGAUGAAGUCUUUACACAUAUAGUAUUUUAUAAAAACUCAAGAGUACAAAGUAAUCUGCAAUUCUAGACUCUUAAGAACAUGUAGUGUUUGUGGGCACAGUCGAAAAACUUAAAUUGAAAGAAAUUAACCAUGUUUUAUUUAUUUCAGUGAACAAACCUGUGUGCAACUAUCAGAAGACAUGAUCCAGAUUCAACUUCUGUUUUUGCUAGAGAUCCUCUUGAAGACCUCAUGCACCCAACAUCCAUUUAUUUUAAUCCAAGAACCAAAGUCCUGGACUGAAGCCCAACUGCACUGCAGAGAGAAACAUCUCGAUCUGGCCACUGUUCAAAGCGAUCAAGACAGAUCUUACAUACAGGAGGAAGUGAACGGCAUGAACUUAUCUGAUGCCUGGGUUGGACUCUACAAAGAUGUGAGCACUUGGCGUUGGUCUUUUAAAAAUGAAGUGAUAAAUUAUCAGAAGUGGGAUAUUUGGGAGCCGAACAUGGACAGUGGGCAAGAGGCCUGUGCAUUUUUAAAAAGCAGUGGACGAUGGCACGAUGCAGACUGUCAAAAUUUAAAAUAUUUUUUAUGCUAUGAUGAAAAUGAUAUGUGGAAAUGGAAGUACAUUAGAACUGGAAUGACCUGGCAUGACGCUCAACAGUACUGCAGAACACACCACACAGACCUGAUGAUGAUUUCAGAUGAUGCUGUGAACAUAAUACUUGUCUCCAAAAUAUUUUGGGAUGGGGAGGCCUGGAUCGGUUUGUCAAGAAGCUUUUGGCAGUGGUCAGAUCAGACUCAAGUGUCAUGGCCUUCUAUGAAAUGGAUUGCAGGACAGCCUGAUAAUGGCAAUGAGGAGUGUGCAUAUGUCCAUAACGAUGGGUUGAUCGCUGACGACUCAUGUUCAGUUCAACAUCCUUUCUUCUGCACUCAAAUAAGGAAAAAGCUGUUUGUGAGAGUGGCCAUGAAAUCAGGUGGACCUUGUAAUGAAUCUGCAGUGAUGGAAGCCAUAGAGAAGAAGAUAAAUCAGACACUAGUGGACUCUGGAUCCAUUGUUAUAUGGAGAGUGCAAUCUGAUGAAAAGAUCUUCCAUGAGAUGGAAAAUAUUGAACGAGAGAUGACAACAACAAACCAAAUAUGUGAAAAAUAACUGCUAUUUUUGUGCUGUCGUCCUACAUUUCUCUCUUUCUUUCUUUCUUUAUUUCUUUUUCUUUCUUUCUUUCUGUUUAAAGCAAAAGCAUGCUUGAAAAUAACUGUAAUGCUAGUGGCAUUUUAAUAAUGACAUUUUAUCUUCAUUUUAUCAUUGUUUCAUUAAAGACUGAAGUAUAUUGUUUAGUGCUUAUCUCUGCAUUUAUUGUAUUCUGCUCUAAAUGUAUUUUAUUCUUUAUUAGUGCUGU